CUAAAAAUAAACCCUUAAGUCGUCAACUUUUUGUGAAACACACAAUGCUGGCAUGAGUCAUUUCUUUACCAAAACUAUAUAAAAAUGUUAACACAGGCCUACCGCUGUCGACAGAUGCACACUCUUGAACAGGCGUAGGCGUAAUUAAAAGGCAGGAUUCAUUCAAUUUUAUGUUCUUCAGCUCAGGAAAUGUGUCAUUGUCUUCAGUCCAACACCGACAGUCAGCGACUGAGUGGACAGACAGCUGGAGAUUGGCUAUGAAGCUGUUUCCUGUCCAUUCAAUACUUUGGUCCAGUUUGCUGGUUUUGUGUGCCUCACAAAAUGAUAUCUGGCCUCUUUUAACAGAGACAGAGGCCUACAAUCCAGAUGUCUGUCCUGAUGACCAUGGCAAUAUAAUUCCACACAGCCCUUUAGAGCAAGGACAUAAAGUAGAGGAGGAUAAGGUGGAUAAAGAAAACAUUCACUGCCUCUUUUACCCAACAAAUAUACUCAACUGCUCCUGGUCAUUUCCCACUUUGCAAAAGGAUACUCAGAUCUUUGUCAAUAUCAGUGUGUGUGAUGAUUUUGGAGAAGGUCCCGCUCUGAACCUUUCGUCUGAGGAGAGAGUCGGAUCAUUGUCUUCAUUUCUGCACGCGCACGAGGGGUUGUUUGUAAUCCUCCGUUUUAACAUAACCCUGCACGACAUGUGGACGGUCUACAUCUGCCCUUUCGAAGUCAACAUGCUAGAGGUCCUGUCUCCACCCCCAAACAUCUCUGCAUCAGUCAAAGAUGGAGGACUGGUAGUGACAUGGGGUCUGCCCCACAGUCGUGAAGACACUCACCCCUAUUGCUUUGAAUACCAGCUAGACAUGGGCGACCAGGAAAGAUCCAAAACCUUAACCGACCAGCUGUCAUAUACAGAACCCAAUCCAGAUCCUCACAGAACCUACAAUGUGAGGAUGAGAACGAGAAUGACGUCCGAUUGCCAACAAUCUCCUCAGUGGAGUGACUGGAGUCACACCGUCACGGUGAAACAGUCAUUUUACAAACUCAACACUCUGGUGAUCAUCUCAAUUUCACUUGGAAUACCCAUGAUCCUCCUGGCUGUGCUGCUGCUGGUGCGCCAUCAGAGGGUAUCUAAGGUUCUGUUUCCUCAGAUUCCUUGCCCCCCGCCAAAGUACAAAUAUUUCCUGGAAAAAAAUGACACAUUUAAUGUCUUCUACCCUGCCCCAUCAGCUGAGCCUGUAGAGGAGAUCACAGAGGUGGAGGACACAGAGCAAAAGCCUCGAUAGAUAUAAUAAAAGCAAUAUGUGAAGGACACAUUCACAUUACAUUAUGGUUUUAUUUUGCUAAUGUCUUUUAUAGCCUUAGCCAGCAAAGAAAGUUUGUUAAAAGUAUACCAAUAUGACUGCAAAACAUGCUAAGAAUGUGUCAGUUGAUGAGUUUUGAUGAAAUACGUUUGCUCUGCCUGAACUAGCUGAUGAGCUGGUUCUGAAAUGUUUACCUUUUUGCUGUGAAAUAAAGAUUAGUGAUGCACUAAUAGCAUGUA